AUCUGCUUUCGCAUUUGACACUUCUAAUUCUGACGUUUGCUUUUGAUUUAUCAUUUAUCAACCAAUACAUAAAUGACUGCCAUUCCGCCCGUUAAACCCCCACGGGGGAUAAAACAUGCCAAAGAAACAAGCGGUCUGCUGAUGUCUGUUAUCCGGGCACUGUCCGCAAGCGAGACAAAUGAACAGCGAGAAGUUGAGAAGGCCAAGCUCGAGAAGGAGUAUAAGAGGAGUGACCAGCGUCUCGAUGAACUCGUUUCUCUACACGAUCAGGACCUCACGCAGGUCAUGCAGAUAUUCAGUACUUUAUCGGAACGGGUCACAGCUUCACGUGAAAAGAUUCAUGCUGUUAAGGAGAAUUUGAACGCAUGUAAACAGCUGCUGCGUUGCAGAAGGGAAGAACUUAUGAAAUUAUGGCUAGAGGGUAUCGAACAUAAGCAUCUUCUGCAGCUGUUGGACGAAAUUGAUCAGUUGCGAGAUGUUCCUUCUCGCCUAGGUCAUUAUUUAAAUAAAAAACUAUACCUACACGCUACCCAGUUACUAGUAUCUGCUCUUUCCCUCGGAGAUGGAACUUUAGAAGGAGUAGAAGCUCUCAGAGAAGUUCGUACAGAAUUGGAAGCUAAGGAGCAGCAGCUACAUGUAAAAUUGCUUGAAGAACUGAGUAAACAUUUGUAUAUUGAAUCAACUCGCGAAGUAUUACUCAAACGACAAGGCUCUGGACGUGAUUUUCAAAGGGGCAAUGAGUCACGCGGAUCUAGAGGAAAUAAAGUUAGAAGAGCAUUACUUGACGUCAUGUCUACGUAUUCUGCUGGUCAGGCUCCAAGCCGUCGCACUUCGCUUGUAAACAUGGGAACAACGCCUGCAACUAUUGACGAUUUGAGUAAUAUUGUCGAGGAUGAAAAUGCUACGAAUCCUGAAGAGAAUUCGGAACACUUUCUGGCAAUUAUAAUCGAGUGCCUUGCAUUGCUCAAUAAGAUACCAGAGGCUGUUGAGGCAGUCAAGGUACAAAUGCAGACCGAGCUGCUGAAUAUAGUAGGUCGAACUUCCAAGAAGAUCAAAGAGAUGGCUGACAAUCAACCGACCUUCAUAAAAACUAUAUCUGCAGAAAUUUCGGAGAUUAAGAUUACGUCGAGUAAUAAUGCAACAGAAAAGCAGUCCCUUCUUCUUGACCUGCUUCAAACAGUAUUUGAACAGUUCAGAUUGGUUGCUGCAAUGCAUGCUGUAGUGCUACGCAGUUUGUCCCAUGUUGUGAAGAAAUAUAAUUUGGACGUACGAUUAUAUGAAAUGCCUGACGUGUGGAGUAAGAUUCAAGCAGUUCUUCAGUUAUUGUUAACUGAAUACCUAGAUAUACAAAAUAUGGGUGAUGAUCCUUUUCAAACUCCCACAUCGCUGAGAGAACCGGCAAGUGACAUAAACACUUAUUUUGCCAGAAGAAAGCCGCAGCGUCAAAAAAAUGGCUCUCUUUUCAAGUUCGACUCUUCAUCUCAUACUAUGACGCUCAACAGCUAUCUCAAGGAACAUAGAUAUAGUAAUUUCGUAUUAUCGGAUGCUAGUCAAUCUUUCGGUGCUAUAAAGGAGAAAAGACUCGUCUGUGAACCAGACCCACAGAAUAUCACAGUGGUAUUCAGACCAAUGAUGAAAUUCAUUGAAGAAAUAGAACAAGCUUUAGGAUGUAAACCUGGAAAUCCAUGCACGUUGAAUACUUUCAUUGCUGAUUAUGUGAAGGAAGUAUAUUUGGGACGACAUCACGUGAUAGUUGCUACAGCUAUCGAUACCGCGACUAAAAGCCAAGAGGCUUGGCGCGCCACAACAUCGCCUGAAUUAAUGAAAGAACUUGGCCUACCUCGACCGCUUCUACAGAGCACCGUAAAAGUCGAGCAAUGCGUAAAUGAGUUGAGAUCACUCAUGACUGUGCUGCCUCUUCAGGGCGAACACUUCUGCACGCUUGCUUUAAACAUACUUCACAAUUAUCGUGAGACAUGUCAAGCUGCGUACCGUGGUAUAGUUCAGCCUGAAAGUGAGGAUAAAAGAAUAUGUUCUGCAGCAUGGUUGAAAGACGACGACAUCAGUAGAUUUAUCAAAUCAUUGCCAAAUUGGGCGAAUUUGAAAUACGAAACGCAUCCUCAGCGUGGAGCUUUCGGGCGAAGAUCGAUGCGUCGGCAAGAGACGCAAGACGAGGAAAGCCCUGAGGAAGUCAGACAGCGUAAUCUCAGAGAAGCAGAGAUCUUGGCAAGUAAUUUGGGUGAAGGCGGUAUUAAUGCUCAUGAGAUACUAUCUGACGUUGGUCAGCUGCGUGGUUUAGCGCUACUCCAAGAAAGCAUGGAAUGGUUCUCCCUUUCCAUACAAUCGUUCGUCUUCGAGCUACGCCAGGCCAAAUACUCCGGCGAAUCACAAGGCUUGCCGCCUAUGCCCGAGGCUUUGGUGGAAUCGCUGCAUCAGCUGGCUGUCGAAUUUGACGAGUUAGCAAACACUUGCAUCUUGGUGCUGCAUCUAGAGGUACGUGUUCAAUGCUUCCAUUACUUGUUACCCCGAGGUGAGUACAGUCACCUGUGUGGUGGGGCCAGAGAUGCUCAGGAGGCGGAUCCGCGAGUUGAAGAAUUGUGCAGAGUGAUGCAACACAUAGAUGAGGCAAUGCAGUCUAUUCUUCAUCCAAAGAAGGCCAAGUACAUCUUUGAGGGACUUGGUCAUCUGAUAGCCAAGAUUAUAAUAACGUCUGCUCAGUUUAUGGAGAAAAUUGACGAAAUUGGCAUUCAAAGGAUGUGUCGAAACGUGUUCGCCCUGCAGCAGACAUUAACAAAUAUCACAAUGGCUCGAGAACUGGCGAUGGAUCAUGCCCGGCAAUAUUUCGAGCUGUUCUAUCAAACACCGGAAGAAAUAUUAAACGGUGUAUUAGAAAAAGGUCCGCAGUUUUCCGAGCUUGAAUAUAUGAAUGCUUUUCAAUUGAUAAGCAGAAGUCAACAAGACUAUGGCUCGAUCAAUAAACACCUUGAAAAACUGUCUGAGAUAUUGGGUGAGGUAGGUGUAACGGUGUAGCCGUAUUUUAUCAGUGUUUUUCACCCUGAAUUCUCAAAUACUGUAUAUUCACUAUAUAAAUAUGUGAAAUGCUUCCCAUCUCAGGGUGAAACGUUCUCGUUCUCAACCAAUAUCACUCGUCGUGUAAAGUUGUAAAGCUAAAAUAUAACUCAUAUUUAAUUUGAUAUAAUUUAAAAUAGAAAAUAGAAAAUGUAUCCUCCUUCUCCGCCGAAUCCAGUCCUCAGUAAGUGCUUUCAAGUGGCCAUGUCCUGCGUUCAUCUUAAUUAUCAUUCUGCCCUACGCGAAAAAUCAAAAAAAUUACAUUUCUCGUCUGUUAUUACUUUUAUUUAUUUGUUUUCUUCUAUGAUAUUUUAUUCUUACCUUGAAUUCGACCAGGCAAAAGUAAGCUGUGCUUAGUGGUUUAUAGGUAAUUGGAUUAAAUAUCUCUAGAAAAUUCCAAGCUUUCUAGAUGGAAACCUUUUCCUUCGUUUGCCAGAAACGUAUUAAUUCUAGAAAUAACAUGAUAACGUGAUUAUUUUGUAUUUGAACGCCUCGUGCUCCAUUUGACAGGCUGCAACGAAUAACGAAAUCAUGAAACCCUGUGUAAAGUAGGAUGAAAUAUGAUGUAUGAUUGUGUUCAAUGUAUUUGCGGAGGUGACGUGGUAAUAAGUAAUAAUCAAAGUAAAUGCUAUGAACUAGAUAUAAAACUAGGUGAAAACUGAUAUGUUUAUAGUGAUAUGUGUAAGCUAGGUACAUAUAAUAUACAGUUUCUGAGCAAUGCCUUCUACUAAUGCUCAGCUAAUAGAUUUACCGUGUCUAUAUAGCUACCUAUAUAGCUUAUUAUAUAAUUAUACUUCUACCAUUGUACUUGUAUCAUUGUGUUUCAUAGUACUUCUGUAUAUUUAUAUGCAUUGCUGAUGCUCAUAUCAUUUUGCAUAUCGAAUUGUAAAAAGUCUGAUCUUAUUCAUUAUUCUUCGUCAGUUAGUUUUUAGAUGCAGCAUAAUUUAUUUUAUAACUUGUUAAUUGAUCAUGCUUGAGAGAAAAAAAUAAAAGACAAAUAAAAUUUAAAAAAAUUUGAGCUGUACCGGUAGAAAUAAUGUUUGACAAACUUUCCAUGAUAUAUAAUAUGUCAUACGGAUAUUUCUUCUUUCAUGACGUAAUUACACUUAUCGUGUUUCCAAUCUUUUAAAUUAUUUCCAAACAAUGAUUGAGCCAUAAGAGAGCAAGUGCAACGUUGCAAUCAGUAAGAGUUCAAAAUAUAUUACGCAUGAGAUUCAAUGUUUAAAUACGUUUUUUUAACCCGAAAAUGAUUACCCAUGAGAAUUGAGCAAGGAUAAAACUCUUAGUCAUUGAGAGAGUAUAUGUAUACAUUUAUUCAACAUGUUAAUAACUAUUUCUUAAAUGCAGUAUUUUCGUAAUGUUGUACCCAAUUAAAAUUUAUUGCUCAUCGACGUGGCUUCCGCGGUUAAAAAUCUCUCAUUCAUUAUUGUAAUUAUUAUGAAAUCAAUUCUUCGCUUUCGAGAGGAAAAUUAAUGGAGAAAUUUGUAAAAAUAUUUGAUGACAGAAUAUAUGCACGCAAUUGUUGAUAAACCCGUACCGUUGUACACAAAUAUCGUAGACACGUAUUUACUAGAAAUUGUUGGACUUGUGAAGCAUACGGUAAUAUCGAGCUGCGGAUAAAAUUUCUGCGCUAUUCGAAGUUGAAUGAAUUAUCAUUGCAAUGAAAAUAAUCUUGCUUAGUGUACCUGCAUUAUACUAUUUUCCCGAACAAAAUCGAAUAUGAUGUGUUACGUAAUAAUCGUUUCGCUCUAUAGUUAUAACCCCGUGGUUACAGUUUGAAUUUCGAAUCUGUGACGGGUAAAUAAAAGCCGAUCGGGACUCCAGAUUUGCAGGCCAGUUUGUUUACACUUUACUUGUACGUGAGACAUUCAUGGGUACGGAUGUGUUUCGAGACUUCGGCUCUACUAAAUUUACGUGAACUUGUGUCUUACUUAUGUAACAACGGUGCAAUAUCCAGUACAAGUUAAUUUAAUGAACAAUUCUCUAUCGCUAUUCAAUCAGAGGUUUUAUAAUAGUUAUAAAUAUUCGUUAAUACAAUAUAAGUGAAGUUAGUUGUGAAUAGUAACAGUUUAACUCGUAAAACCGGUGGUGGUUCUAACAGCGGAAAAAUAAAUAUAUCUGAUAUCACGUCUAAAAGAUUAAAAAAAUUCUUUUCAUCUCGGUUGUUCAUUCAGUCAAUUACUUCAUCUCGAUAUUAUCAAGAUGGAAUUUCAUCAAAACAUGUGCGGAUACGAUUGGUAACGUCGCGGUAAACAAUCGAGAGCCGAUAUAUCCGCCAUCUUGAGGAUUAUACGCUACCACAGUGGGAUUUUCUCGCGCUAUAAACAUAAAAUUGCGUAUUAGCUGAAUAUCAGUGUUGAUAAGGUUGUGUGUAUCGUAUAAUUAUGUGUCCGGUGUUUGGAAGACCAUGACUGUUUCGAUUUGAAGAUACGGUAACUGAAUUCCUGAGGACGCAAUCUAUAAAUCCAAUCAAUGUCGAUGCUGACGUUUUCCGUCGAUGCUGACGUUUUCCAUCGAUGCAACGCAGG